UCUGCUUGCUUUUAGAACAAAGCACCACAACAAUGAGUAGAACAGGAAUUUCAAUAUUAUUAAGUGCAAAUCUAUGGGAUGCUGAUCCAGAGCUGUUUAGUCUAAUACAAAAGGAGAAAAAGCGCCAAGAAGCCGGUCUCGAGUUGAUUGCUUCCGGAAAUUUUACUUCCUUAUCGGUUUUGCAAUGCCUCAGUUCAUGUCUUCACAAUAAAUACUCAGAAGGGCUCCCGGGAGAGCGGUAUUAUGGUGGCAAUGAGGUAAUCGAUGACAUCGAAAGGCUCGCUCAAAAACGAGCUCUCGAGGCUUUCAAUUUGAAUCCCGAAGAAUGGGGGGUCAAUGUUCAACCCUAUUCAGGAUCACCAGCAAAUAUAGCAGUGUACACAGGCAUUGUGGAAGCGCAUGGUCGUAUUAUGGGCUUAGAUUUACCCGACGGAGGUCACCUCACGCAUGGCUUCCAAACCCCAACCAAAAAAGUAUCGGCAUCAUCCAUGUUUUUUGAAUCUAUGCCUUACAAGGUUGAUCCUGAAACAGGUCUAAUAGAUUACGAUCAACUUGCUAGCUCCGCCAAACUGUUCAGGCCAAAGUUGAUUAUCGCUGGUAUUAGUUGUUACUCUCGUCCUUUGGAUUACGAGCGAUUUCGAGAGAUUUGCGAUAGCGUCGGUGCGUACCUCUUUGCAGAUAUGGCGCACACGUCGGGACUCGUGGCCGCCGGUAUUAUACCAAGCCCGUUCGAAUACAGCGAUGUCGUGACGACAACAUGCCAUAAAAGCUUAAGAGGGCCGCGAUCGGCAGUGAUCUACUUUAAGAAAGGCGUGCGAUCCACGAACGCAAAGGGCGAAGCAGUGUUGUACGAUCUGGAAAAGAGAAUCAACAAUGCCGUCUUUCCAGCUUUGCAAGGGGGACCUCACAAUAAUGGGAUCGCCGGUAUCGCAACCGCGUUUAAACAAGUCAAGUCGGUCGAAUUUGUCCAGUACCAAAAACAGGUGGUGGCCAACGCUCAACAUAUGGCGGCAAAGUUAAUAGAUAGAGGAUACAACAUUACCACUGGAGGCACCGAUAAUCAUCUUUUGUUGGUUAACCUGCAAGGAACAGGCCUGUCAGGGUCCAAAGCUGAGAAAAUUCUAGAAAGGGUGUCAAUCUCCUGCAACAAAAACACUGUUCCUGGAGACAAAAGUGCUUUAAAUCCAUCUGGAUUCAGAUUAGGUACUCCAGUUCUGACCACUAGAGGACUCGUCGAGGCCGAUUUCGAUAAAGUUGUAGACUAUAUCGAUAAAGGAAUUAAACUGGGUUUGGAAGUUGUCAAAAUAUCUGGUCCCAAACUUGUUGAUUACAUUAGAGUUCUUGAUAGCGAGCAAACCAUUGGGAAGAAAAUAGAAGCACUAAAAAAUGAUGUUGAAUCCUUUAGUAAAACUUUUCCGAUACCGGGACAUCCUGAUUACUAGUUUUACUGUAUUACUGUAUUAAAAAUAGAAACACAAUACCAAUUGUACCAGUACCAAUAUAUGAUCAGAAUGGCGUUGCCA